UGAUUAUUGAUUUUUUCUACAUUUACAUUUUACACUAUCAUACUAAGUUGACGGCUAUUAUUCUAUUUCAUUUCAAUUUCUAAUAAUCUUAAAAUUAAUAAUUGUAUCCUUGUUUCCCUGCAUUUGUAUUUUUAUUUAUUAGGCAAUAAGAAAUACGAAUUACCAAUUAAUAUGGCAGUUCAUUGAGACCGGUGACAUUAUCAAUAACAUUUCCGUUUUGCAGUUUAAAUGCAGUGAUAGUUUUACGUUCCUGAAAACAAUGAAAAUCAAUAUCAAGAUGCUUAACGGACAGGAAUGUGAAUUCGAUGUGAGUAUAGGCGCUUUUUAACGAUUCAUAAUUUUGUUAAAUUUUAGAAGAAGUACAAACUUUCCUAUUAGAUUUGUGUGUUACACUUUGGGUUUACAUUUGAUUUCUUCCCGUGUGUGUAUUAUUGAUGCGUGAGAACGACGAAACGCCAAGUCCCAGAGAAACAGUACCACUAAUGGCAUCACCAAGGAAUAACCCGUCACAUCGUGACUCAUUGACUGCUCAAGAAGAAGAAACCCUUAAAUAUGGCGCUGAACAUGUCAUUAAACUCUUCGUACCUGUGUCCAUGUGCAUGUUGGUAGUAGUGGCCACGAUCAAUUCAGUGAGCUUUUACAAUGUAAAAGAUAUGUAUUUAUUGUACACACCAUUUCACGAGACCAGUCCAGAGGCAUCCACCAAAGCACUAAAUGCUGUAGCCAAUGCGGGUAUUUUGAUAACUGUUGUUAUUAUAAUGACUGUUUUCUUAAUUGGAUUAUACAAAUAUCGUUGUUACAAAUUGAUACACGGAUGGCUUAUCAUGUCAUCGUUGACACUCCUGUCCAUGUUCACUUGUCUGUACAUUGAAGAGAUUUUAUACACAUAUAAUAUUCCCAUGGAUUAUAUAACAUUUUUUCUGAUAAUAUGGAAUGUCGGUAUGUUGGGUAUGGUGUGUAUACAUUGGAAAGGCCCGUUGAGACUUCAACAAUCUUAUCUGAUUUUUAUUGCUGCUCUUAUGGCACUUGUAUUUAUAAAAUAUAUGCCCGAGUGGACCACUUGGGUCGUACUAUUUGUCAUAUCUAUUUGGGACUUAGUUGCUGUACUCACUCCACGAGGUCCUUUACGUAUUUUAGUUGAGUUAGCGGAAGAGCGAAAUGAACAAAUAUUUCCUGCACUGAUUUAUUCUUCUACAGUUGUGUACAUGAUAAACCGUUCAGAUAGUGUUGAUAGUACCACAGACAGUCAAAAUGGAUUUACUAGGACAUGGGUGGAAGAACAUCAACGCCAACAGCCCCCGCUUGAAGAAAUUAAAGUAUGUAGAAGAAUAAUGGAUCAAGAUGAAAAAGGUGUCAAACUCGGAUUAGGUGAUUUCAUAUUCUACAGUGUUUUGGUGGGCAAAGCAUCGUCUUACGGAGACUGGAAUACCACAUUAGCAUGCUUUGUGGCUAUACUUAUUGGAUUGUGCUUGACACUUUUAUUAUUGGCCAUAUUUAGACGUGCUUUGCCUGCUUUACCAAUAUCAAUCACUUUUGGACUGGUAUUUUAUUUUGCUACUCGAGGACUAGUAAAACCAUUUGCGGACAUGCUUGCUUCAAAACAAAUUUUUAUAUGAUUAAUAUUAUUAUAGUUUACUAAUUUACUUGUUUUUUUUUUUUUUUGAUAUAUAAAAUAUAUUAUUUACUAAUAAUUACAAUGAUUUAUAAAUUAUUAAUAAGUAAUAAAUAUUAAUUUUUUUAUACUGUUUACUUGAUACGUGGAAUUUAAGUAAUAUUUAAAAUAAAAUAAUAAAUAAUUGUCUUUAUUAUACUAUUUUUAUGAGUUUGUAAUCAAAUUAUUCCUAAUACUAAAUCAAGCAGUUAUAGGAUUUAUCAAAAAUCUAUGGGGUUCAUAAAAAUAAAAUAAAUUAUUAAUCCAAAUACCGAUAUAGUGCCGUAAAUUUAUUUAAGUAAAUUAUAUUACCAAAAAUUCAUCUAUAAAUUUCAGUAUAUAUGAAUUGCUAAUUAGGUACAAAUUCUGAAUCGGUUAAUUUUUGAAAUUGCAUUUUAAUGCGAAAAUUAAUUUUUAGGUACCUAAUGAGAUGACAGUAGCAGAGCUUAAAACUCAUGCAUAUGAAGUAUUUAAGAUUCCUGUUAAAGAUCAAAGAUUAUUGCUUACCGGUCGUCCUUUAUGUGGUAAUUAUCUAAUUUUACUUAAAACAAAUAUAAACCCAUAUUCCACAUGUUCUUUUUAAAAUUAUUUUUAGAUGAAAAAUCCUUAAUUGAAUACCCACAAAUUAAAAAUGGCACCAGAUUGAACUUGGUUGUGAAACAGCAACCUGUAAUUAAAACUGAAGAACUAGAAGAAAUGGUCACUAAACAUGUACGGGAGCAUUAUAGCACAGAAGAUACAGUCAAGGUUUUGAAAGAAUUUAUGAAGGAAUUUGACCGUUCAAUUACACAAUUCAGUUUAGAUGAUUACGAACGCAUGGCGAAAUCAUUGUUAUCUAACGAUGAACAACAGACAAGUCAAUAAUAACUGUCAAAUUAAUAUGUAAGGAAUAUUAAGGAAAAAAUAAAUUAAGUAACAACCCUAUUUUAAUUACCUACAUUAUCUAUGUUAUGUUUAGUCAUUUGCUAUAUGUAGGCUUUAUAAUAAUAUAACAAUAUAAAUAAUAUGUAUUUUUUAAUUAUUUAUUAAUCGCCAAAAAGUUAACAUCAGAAAAAAUAAUAAUCUUUUUAUUAUAUUAUUAGCAACAUUGUCUCAUAAGUUUUUUCAACGAGUUAAUAAUCAUCUCCUUUGCUAAUAAUUUCCUUACAUGUUGGUCUAAGCACAAUGGUGUGUUCAAAUUGUGCUGUAUAACAGCCUUUAAUAUCACAUAAUGGUGGAUAUGCAUCAAGUAUACCUGUGUAUAAAUAAAUAGUAUGUUAAUAAUUGUCAAUAGAAUUAAAUAUUUAUACAAAUUUUUCACAUUAAAUAAUUAUAUAAUACAAUAAAAUACCUUUGUCACAUAAGUCUUUUAAUGCCAUUUGAUAUUUAGUAGCACCUAAUCUAUCAAGCCAACGUUUACAAAAUGCUAGAGUACCGAAGUUUUUAUUAAUUGUACCAAGCAAUUUUUGUGAUGCUUGAAGACGAAGUGGCACAUAAGAAGCAUCAAAAUUUUUCAUGUAAUGGGAUGUAUCCAUAUCAUCACGGACAAUUCCACGACCAGUAGAACCAAAUGUUUCAAUCGCAUAAAAUUCGCCUUCUUCCAUCGUAGUAGCUUCUCCUCCUUUGACAAUUGGUACUGUUUUACCAGCAUGUAUUCCUGUGGAAAUGCAAAUAAAAAAUUAAAUUUUCAAUAAAACAACAAUAAUUUAUAAAUGCUUACUGUAAGCAUCAAUUGAAUGGCCAUUAAGAUUUCUAAUUGACUUCACAGGAUAUGUUUUACCAUCAAGCUCGACUUCAUAAGAUUCCAUCACUUCUUGAAUAGCUUCACCAACUUCACAAAGUUUAACAUCAAUUCCAGCAACCUAAUAAAUCAAAUUGAUUAAACAUUUUUUUUUCAAAUAUAUUAUUUGUAUUUACUUUAAUUCCAGUGUUAGUAGCAUCUCUCACUGCUUCUACUAGUUUGUCAUAUUUAGGAUUAAAAGUCAAAGUAAAUGCACAAUCUAUAAUUCUACCUAAAAAUAGAAAUAAAAAAGUAUAAAAUAUUGAAAAAAAAAAAAAAGUAUAAAAUGCAAGAGUAAUAUUACCAUUAACAUGUGUGCCAAAAUCAAUUUUAGUAACAUCAUCAUACAAUAAGACUGUAGGAUCACCCGCAUUAGGAGUAUAAUGUGCUGCACAAUUAUUUCUCGAGCAUCCCGUUGGAAAUGCUAAACCAGCUUUAAGUCCAUCUUCUCCAAUUAAAGCUCUAGAACAUCGUUCUAACUCUUCACAGAUUUCAAUCAUAGUCAUACCAGGUUUUACCCAGUUUUGAAUAUGUUUUCGUACCUAGUAAAAUAAUUUGUUGUAGAUAUUUCAAGUCAAAACACAGAAUAAGAUUAUUGUAAGUUACUUGUCUAUGAGCUUCAGCUGCUCGCCUAGCAUCGUUGUAAUCAUCAUACUUGGAACGUUCUAUUGCUCUUUUCUCUUCACUUGUUAUCCUUAGUUUCCCCAUACGACCAUCAUAUUCAACUUCUUGGCCAACUGGAUACUCACCU